GGAGAUAAUAGCUCUUACUUGGUCCCGAAAAAAGACUUCCCCACUGUCUCAUCGACGCCAAAAUAUUUGGGUACAAUCCAUGACCCUUUGAUUUGGUGUUACCUGUUUCUGUACCAUGAAGAAGCGAUAACCCCGGAGGUACAAUUAUAAACCAGGCUUCGUUUCUUUCUUCUAAUCCAGAGACUUGUUCGGUACGAAUUGUUUGUUGCAUUGCUUGCCCGUUGCUACUUUGUUCCCGCCUCGUGCAAAUUGUCCACCAGCUUGCGUCAUGAUAGAGUGGUAGACGCCAAUACAACCCUACGAGAAGCAAGCUUGCCGAAAAGUCCUUCAACUGAGAACAAGCAGAUUUGCCCCUGCAUAACCCUCCGAAGUUGUCGGCACAAUGACAGCCACUCCUAUGGCCAAUCUUGGCAAUAUCGCCCGCGCUGAGUACAAGGCGCUAUUCGAUACAGAAGUUGCCAAAGGGAUCAGAGAACCACUUGUUCUUCCUUUCUGUCUUUUCGGUCCUUUCAUUUUGCCUGUCGUCUAUUUGGCAAUCCCACAUCGAAACCAGCCAUGGCUUUACCACGCAAGAUGGCUUGUCGUGGCUUUUGUCGUUGCGUUCGAUGCUUAUAUGAUUCGGUAUAUGUCUAGCUACAACGUCGCUCCAGCAUAUGCGUCAGGUCUCAUGGGCGGAUGGGGUAUCUUGACGACUCUGAAUCUUUUGGUUUGGACCGAUCCGCAACUCAACUAUGCCAGGGUUGUCAAGAUUCUCAAGGGCAACAAGUCGCAAGCAUCGUCAAAACAGCUGCCCAUCAAUGUUGCCAACGGAUCAAGGCAAGAAAGCGUGAUUCGACAGCGAAAACCUUACCACGGAGACAUUGGACUUUCAGGUGAAGCUGAAACCCAUGCCAAGAAUGGGAGCUCCAAAGAUGUGGUUUACGCCUGGCAGAAAUUUCCUGAAAACGGAUCGUUCGGUGAACGACUUAACUGGACACUCGACCUUGCUACAAACUUUAGGGAAAUCGGCUGGAAUCGUUCUAUCUCUUCCGUGCCAAGACCAGAUAUCCCAAGCAAUAUCCGCGAUGGUGAUCCUGUAUCCUUCGACAACAUGCUCAUUGUGUCUAAAAGUGGCUACUAUCGUAAUUUGACCGAGAAGGAGUUCGUAUGGAGCCGUAUUCGCAGAGUCCUCUUCCUCACUUUUCUUUUGGACCUUUGCUCUGUUAUGAUGGUCAAGGAUCCCUACUGUGCCUAUGGACCUGAUCAAGAACUUGAGCUCCCUUUGUUCCUCCGGCAGCUUCCUCCUUGGUUGCGCUUCAUCUAUCGCGAGCUCCUUUGUCUUGUUGGUAUCUAUGCUGCCAUCGAUGCCAUUUUUAGCUUGCAUGACCUUUUUCAGUUCUACGUUUUCUCCUACUUUUAUCCCAUACGAAGAGAGUUAUGGCAGUACACCAACGUCUUCGGUCCUAUCUCGCAGGUGCUUGAUAGAGGCCUUGCUGGUUGGUGGGGGGCGUUCUGGCAUCAAACCUUUCGUCUUCAGUUUCUUGCGCCCGCAAAGUUCCUCGUUGACCAUGGCUAUCUUCAAAGGGGAACACUACGUGCUCAAAUAUUUACCAUGAGUUUAUCCUUCAUACAGUCCGGUUUACUUCACGCCGGUGGAAGUCUAUCGUCUAUGCCAACCACAAAACCCUGGAGAAGUCCGCUCUUCUUUGCUCUACAACCUCCUGGCAUUAUUUUGCAGCUUAUUUUGCUGCAGACUUGGGACAAGCAUUUCCCCAACUUCCCUCGCAGACUCCGCCAGGCAUUCAACAUGGUAUUCACUCUGGGCUGGCUCUGUCUGACCGCGUUUUUCUUUACCGAUGAUAUUUCAUCUUCGGGUAUUUGGCUUCUGGAACCUGUGCCGAUAUCCCCUCUGCGCUGGCUUGGUUUCGGUCACCCAGAUGAUCAUUGGUGGCGAUGGAGGAGAUGUAUGUUCCCGAUCUGGCAUGCAGAUAAAUACUGGUGGAAGAGUGGUAUACAACUUUGAAGCCAGGUAAAGAAAAUAUGUUUGUCAGACAGCCGCCAUGUUUGGGGCAAUCAAGGGGCAAGUCGAUCACAAUGUAUACCCUUGACUAUUUUUCGUGCAUAGAAGAGACAAAGUUAUUAGAGGUAGAUCAUUUGGAACAUCUCAACUGAAUUUACUAUUCGCCUAGCUCAUGAAACUUGCAGGAGCUCGUAUUUUUGGCCCGAGGCAAGCCUAUCAGCUUCAUUUCGAAGCCACUUCACAACAGGCUGAUAGUUGGUCUGCUUUGCUGCCAAUACCUCCUCAAAAGCAAGGCAAGCAUUUCUAUCACUAUUAGGAUACUGCCAAGGGACGGCACGGUGACAAACACUUACAGAGCAACUUGCGAUUUUCGCACGUCGCAGAUGUACUGGGGAUAUCUCAUCACCCGAGAUCUGCUAGUCAAGAGCAGGAAGGCAACGUCGAUCACUUUAGCGAUUGUUCCUUGAGAAAGAUCAGACAUCAAAGGAGCCGCAUGAUGAGUUUGAGCAACCUACGGAGUAUCAUUUCACUGCUCGGUUGCUGUGUCUUUCCGAGGCAACGCAGGUAAGCGUACAUUUUACUCGCAGUCUCAACAAAAGUGUUUCGAAGCGAGUUGAGAACGGUUCGGUUUGCAUUAUGGGACGUGUCAUAAAACAUCAGAUGAGAUUGAAUCUUGAAAGCGUCUUUAUGGUCAUAGGAGCCUUGGUUAGCAACUCUUUGGGUUCAUGCGGUACGGGGGACUAACUUAGAACUUUUCGCUGGAAAUUUUGACCAGGUGUGCGGCCGAAGUCGACAGUCAGAGAAGCAGAUACAUCUUUCUAGGUGUAAGUACUGGUUUUGGAUUGCACUAGAAGCAUGACUCUUGAGCGUACCAAUAUUUGCAUCCCUGUCUCUGUCCUUG